AUGAUGGUGAACAACACAGGCAUUCUGUUUUCCACAUUGGUAGUUUUAAGCAACAAUCUGAGUGAUUUCCGUCCGAAUGACACAUCGAAAUCUCCUACAGCGGAUCCGGAUUCGGCUCCAUGCUAUGGCAUGUUUGACUGUUUUCCUAUAACGUUUCCUUGGACCAGCGUUCGGCGGCCUAUAUCGCUGUUUCCAGAGGAUCCCUCGAAAAUCAACGCCACGUUCGCGGUUUUUAAUAGUCAAAAUAUGUCCUUCCCGAAGUACAUCGACAUUGACGAUCCAGAGACAGUACAUAGGGCCGGUAUAAACCCAGACGGGUUGAUUUACUUCAUUACGCAUGGUUUUCUGGAGAGAGGCAGCACAUUAUGGAUCAAACAAAUGCUUGAGGCACUGCUAGAAAGGGAUCCGGACGCUACUGUCAUAGUGAUAGACUGGGGAAAUGGCUCCAAACCUCCGUACAACCAGGCGUGUGCCAACAUAAGAGUGGUGGGAACAUUCGCAGCGCACGUCAUUGAGAUGAUAAUGCAUGAGCUAAAUCUGCCCGAUCUGGACAAAGUGCACAUGAUCGGACACUCGCUCGGUUCACACCUAUCGGGGUACGCCGGUUACACGCUUCGGGCUAACUUAAGUCUACAUCUUGGCCGGAUAACGGGUCUGGACCCGGCAGAGUUGGCUUUUAGUGAAACCAACGAGAUCGUCCGGUUGGAUCCAAGCGAUGCCAAGUUCGUCGAUAUCGUGCACAGCGAUGCGACACCGUUUGUGUCAAACAUCGGCCUAGGACUUCACGAACCUAUAGGCCACGUGGACUUCUAUCCAAAUGGGGGCUUCAACCAACCCGGCUGCCAGCAGGACCUGUGGAAACACUCCCGCGACCGCUUCGUUUCCAACGUGUUCCAUUUCCUGAGCUGUAGUCACUCGCGAUCGUACAAGUAUUUCAUCGAAAGUAUUAAAACCCCCAUGGUGGCCGUCGCGUGUGACUCGUAUGAGAAGUAUCAGAGUGGGCAGUGCUUCGACUGUACCGCAAAUGACGCCCGGUGUGUGGAGUUCGGCCUCAACAGCUCCACCGGUUACAACCAGCUGGUCCUGCGAGGGAGAGUGAAUCCACUCAGACACGUCCCGUUGCAGCUGUUUUUCAAAACGAACCCCAGCGAACCGUUCCUGACGCAAAACUUCAAGAUCACCGUUAAGAUUUCGGACUCCGCUAGGAGUCUAGCACAUGGGCCCGAGAUUGGUAAAAUCUUGCUGUACCUCCACGGUCUCGGAGAUGCCAAACCUAAGCAGAUCUAUUUCAACGAAGAACCUAUAUUGUUCGAGCCGGGCCGUGAAUACUCCAGCAUUCUCACGGCGUACGGUAAUGGUAGACCGAAAUCUAUCAGCGUUGGAUAUGAACACGAUAUGAACCUGCUAAACCCAUUCACCUGGCGUCUGUUCACUGCAUCACGAAUCUAUAUAGAGCACGUGAUGGUGUUCACUCAUCAAUCACUCACGCAGCGCAUAAAGCUGAGGAUGUGCCCUACAUACGACGUUCCAGUCACUACCAACGACUUCAUCGUGAUAUCCGAUUUGAAGUGCAAACCGCGCAAUCGUCCAUAACCUUCCCCUGGUGUAUUCUAACGAUUCUUCAUUUCUACGCACACAUCCUUAUCGCACAUCCUUGAUCAUCCAGCACAGUGAAACGCAACAAGCCUUAUCAAUGCAAUGUAUUACUAUAGAGAUGCUAAAUAUAAAU